AUGAAAAGAAGUAUUAACCAGUCAAUCGUCCUCAAUGGAACUGAAUCCAAGAUCAGAAACCUUUUGGUGGAUUUCUGUGGACAAUACAACCAGACGGCUCAACAGCCAUUGGAGUUGAGAAUCACCGGAGGUUGGGUUAGGGAUAAGUUGUUGGGAAACGAGAGUAACGAUCUAGAUAUCGCCAUUAAUGUGCUUUCUGGAGAAGACUUUGCUUCUCAGUUAUUGUCUUACGCCCAUUCCCAAGGUGUUGAUUUGGGUAAAAACGCUUCCAGUUUACACACUAUCAAGAAGAAUCCGGAAAAGUCAAAGCAUUUGGAGACUUGUACGACCAAGUUGUACGGCCUAGACAUUGACUUUGUUAAUUUGAGAAGUGAACAGUACACUGAAGAUAGUAGAGUACCUAUUAUUGAAUGUGGAACUGCCGAGGAGGAUGCAUUGAGGAGAGAUGCCACGCUCAAUGCACUCUUUUACAACUUGAACAAAGGCGAAAUUGAGGACUUGACCGGCAAAGGUCUAGAAGAUCUUCAAAAUGGAAUCUUGAGAACUCCACUUCAGCCAUUGCAGACAUUCUUGGACGAUCCUUUAAGGGUUUUGCGUCUUGUGAGAUUUGCUAGUCGCUUCAACUUUCUCAUUGACAGUGACACUUUGCAAGCCAUGAAAGACGAACGAAUCCGGUCUACUCUAGUGCAUAAGAUCAGUCGAGAGAGAGUGGGUGUCGAAGUGGACAAAAUCUUGACUAGUGACAACGUCCAGUAUGGCCUCCGACUUAUCAACUAUGUUGGCUUGACCGAGAGCAUAUUCAACUCGGGCGUUAUAUCUGAAACCGUGGAUGCCAUCAAUGACAAGUCCAUUCUUGAGGAAUUGGAGGUGCGCAAGCAAUCUUCUAUUUACAGAAUCGACGCUUCCACUCAAGCUUAUCAAGCAUUUCGCCAAUACAUUGCUUCUAGCAGCAAUGUCCAGUUCAAGAGAAUGGUAGAGGAUGUUUUCGUUUCGAAGCCAUUGCAGAAACUUUUUUGGCUCUGCACAGCCUUGCAGCCUUAUGGAAACAUCAGAGUGAAGAUCAACCCCAAGAAGUUGUCCCUUCUGUCGUACGUGGAGCUAGUUUUGAAGGAGGGAUUGCGGUUUGGCAAACACGACUACGACUCUGCAGCAUCUAUUGUGGACAAGUUGGAUUCGUCGGAUGUUCUCCAUAGACUAUUCCAGGAUGGUCAGGUAUCGCGGUCUGAUUUGGGACUUUACAUCAGACAAUUUGGGUCAUUUUUUCCCAUUAAUGUGGUUGUUAAUGCUUUCAACGAUUUCCUUUCGGCCACUGAUAUCCCGAUUCAUAUUGAGGAUGUGCCUUCCCCACAGAAUGUGGAAUUUGCUUGCAAUACAGAAAUAAUGGAGAAUUUGACUAGCGAAUACGAGAGACUUUUAGCUACAAUUUCUGACUAUCAACUCGAGAAUGUCAACAGCAUGAAACCACUUAUUGACGGUAAGUUUAUUGCCAAGGCCAUUGGAAGAAAGCCAGGACCAUGGAUGAGUUCCGUCACGGGAGAAGUUCUAAGAUGGCAGUUGGAUCAUCCAAAAGGUACACAAGAUGAGUGUAUUGCUCAUAUUCGGGAGAUUUUGGAUUAG